GCGGCUAAUAAGCCGCCAGUCCUCGUUGCGCUGAAACGAUGCUCAACUGAGCGCUAUGCACACGCGAAUGGUGUGCGGACGCGUGCUGCCCUCGCGCGCUCUGACUGUCCGCCACCUUCCGGGUCUCGGUCGCUGGAUCAUGAACCCGCUGGACCGUAUCCUCGAGGUCGCUCUCGUUAGCCGAGAGGCAACCUGUAUCAUGGAAAUCGAGACUUUUCCCAGGCCGUCGCUUCUCGGCUGUGACGAGCCGAUGCUUCAACGGCGCUUUACUCAAUCUUCUGGGUUCGUCCCUCCUGGACAUGCGCGCCCAACCGCGGCGGCCGCUAUCUGUGAGGCAUCGAUCGAGGCUCAGUUGCACAUCUGUGCAAUCAGAUGUUUCGCCUGCCCAUGACUUCUGUAUCGAUUGAAGCCCGUCCCUGCAUCUGGCACUCGGCGAUCA